AUGUUCUAUGCGUUUGGUUUAUCCUUCAACUUGGCAAAGUGCCCUCACUUCAGAAAAUAUUCACUCACAUUAGCCAACAGCAAGUUAUCUGGCUAUACUCCUCCAACAUUCGAUAGAUUACAAACAACAUUGCUAGCCCAAGAGAAAGCACAUGUGAAUUGCAAGCUCCAACCAAUAAAAAAUACUUGGAAAAAGAAAAACAUGUCCCUUUGUUCUGAUGGGUGGUCGGAUAGACAACGAAGGCCACUGAUUAACAUAAUGGUUGCAUCGGUAGGUGGUGCAAUGUUCUUAAAGGCAGUUGAUGCAAGUGGCAACAUAAAGGAUGCUGAUUAUGUAGCAAAUCUGUUCAAACUCGUGAUCCAAGAAAUGGGUUCACAAAAUGUUGUUCAAGUGAUUACUGAUAAUGGAAAUAACUUCAAGGCUGCUGGGGCCAUAAUUGAAGGUAUAUAUCCUCACAUAUUUUGGACUCCAUGUGUUGUGCAUUGCCUAAAUUUAGCUUUAAAAAGUAUUUGUGAACCAUCUGAAAAUUCACCUCAAUUUGCUGAAUGUAAAUGGAUUGCUAAUUUGGUGAGUAGUGUGCAAAAUAUAAGAAAUUUCAUUGUUAACCAUGGCAUGGUACUUUCAAUUUUCAACAAUUACUCGGAAUUGGGUUUGCUAAGAGUAGCGGAAACAAGAUUUGCAUCAAGCAUUAUUAUGGUAAAACGCAUGAGGGAAGUGAAGGAUGCACUUGAGAAGAUGGUGAUGGAUCCAAGUUGGAGAAUGCAUCUAAAAUGGGAUAGAAAAUCAGCAAUUGAAAUCAAGGCUAAGGAAGUUAAAAUUUCCAUUGUGAGUGAUAGUUGGUGGGCUGAUUUUGAAUAUCUCUUGGAUUUUACUGAGCCUAUUGUUGAAUUUCUAAGGUUAGCAGACACUGAUGCUCCUAUUCUCCAUUUGAUUUAUGAUAUGUGGGACACAAUGAUUGAGAAAGUUAAAUCUAGAAUAUUUGGACAUGAAAAACAAGAUCUGCUCACUGGUCAAUCUAAUUUCUUUGACGUCAUUCACAAUAUUUUGGAGACACGAUGGAAUAAAAGCAACAAUCCACUGCAUUGUAUGGCUCAUUCAUUAGUUCCUAAAUACUAUACUAAAGCUUGGAUUGGAGGUGGAAGUGAUGGAGUUCCACGGCUCUCACCACAUGAAGAUCAAGAGGUUUCUUUAAAUAGAAGCAAAUGUUUCAAACGAUUGUUUAGCAAUCAAGAUGAUCUUCGAAAGUUUAUAUCAAAUAUGGAGCUUUUUCAAGUGGAUCUGGUUACUUUAAUGAGCCUCAUGUUAUUGAUGCAAAAUUGUAUGAGGAACCAAUUUCAUGGUGGGCUAAUCAUGGUGCUUCAACACCAAUGUUACCAGCUUUAG